AUGGCAGAAAACAUUCUCAUGGUCUUCAAUGGUCAACUUGACCUGCGCAAUGCGUAUACAUACUCACUGCCUCAGAUCCAUAACUUUCUCGCGGAUGUCGUUAAUCAGCCUGCGUUCUAUGGUAUUUCAAUCAACCAGGUUUCGAAACUAGUGGCUAUUCGUGCGGAAAUUAUACGCUUGAGGUAA